AUUCGUUUAUUUCAGCGAGGCUCAGACGGAGAAGCACUCUUUGCAUUAGUGAGUGCUGAUCUCUCUAUCGAAGAGCGCGAGUAUUUCUCUCUCUGCUUUUAUGACACCGAGGGAACACGAAAUUGGCUAUACAACGACAAGAAAAUACUCAGGCAGCUCAAAGGCCUUCCGUGGGAGUUCUGUUAUGAGGUCAAAUUCUAUCCGACCGCGCCAUCUUCACUUAACGACGAUCAUGCACGGUACAACCUAUUCCUCCAGUUGCGAAAUGACGUAUGCAGUGGACGGCUUCCAGCAACAAUUGAUACACAUGCUACAUUAGGCGCUUUGGUCGCACAGGCGCAAUAUGGCGAUGCUAGGCCAACUCCGGAUUAUGAAGAAUAUUUACGGACGACGAAAUUUGCUCCUCAAAAUAGUGAACAGCUUCUCCAAAUGAUAGCCCAGAAGCACAAGGAGCACAAGGGUCUGACGCCAGCUGAGGCGGAAAAUCUGUAUUUGGACACGUGUAAGCAGCAAACGAUGUACGGAAUAUUUGUUUUCAAUGCGAAGGACAAUAAGAAUGUUCCUGUUGGGAUUGGAAUCUGUGCACAUGGCAUUUAUAUUUAUAAGGACCAAAUUCGUGUAAAUAGGUUUCCCUGGCAGGGCAUAAUUAAAAUCAGCUACCGUAAAAAUCAGUUUGCUAUAAAGCUGAAAGCUGGAGAGAUUGACAAAAAGGAGGCGACUGUUGUCUACAAAGUAGCAGAUUAUGCUCACGCUAAACGUAUCUGGAAAACUGCCGUUGAACAUCACACUUUCUUCAGGCUUAUUCAACCGGACGAAAAACCGAAAUCAUCUCUAUUCCGGUGGGGAUCAGCUCGUUUCCGUUACCAAGGCCGCACCCAAUUCCAAACGAAAAUGGCUUCACAGAUGUUCGACAAACCAACAAAUGCAACGGUACAGCGUACUAGUAGCGCCCGUCUUACACAUUCCCUUGAUAACGUUGCAAAAGAGCAAGUUGGCAGCGAUCACGUCUCACCAUUACACUAUGCCGAUAAUGAAUUGGGAUCUCGUGAGGUACGGGUUAUUUUCAGCAUGCUUUUGUCUUCAAUCAGAACUAACGGUUGCUAUGAUUGUCAUAGUCCGUAUCAUUGCCUAAAUAAGUUUUUUUGA